AUGAGUGUUGCCGUGGAGGAAGAGAAGCAGGAUGUGGCCCCUAGCACAGCGGCCCCACAGUCUACAGAGGAGCACCCAGAGUGGGGGAAUGAUCAGCACCGACUCCCCUCCUCCUCCUCCUCCUCCUGCUCCUCCGUCGGUGUCCCCGGUCAGUGGUCGGAGCUGUGUCUAGGAGGAUGUGGGUCCCGCUGCUGGACCAGGCUGCGCUGUUUUGCGGCCCUGUUGUCGCUGAGCACCUGCUUGACAGGAUCUCAUCUGUGCCCUCGGAGUUUAGACUGUGCCCGGGCAGGACGAGACUUCUGCCAGCCCGGCAGCUCACACUGCGGCCCCUGUCUGCACCCUCUGGUGGAGAACUCCCAUGGUCACUGUGUGGUCAAGAAGAGGCAUGCUUCCCACUCCAUUAAAGGUAAGGUGAGCACUUAUCCUGAGCUGGAUGAGGAGAUCGACUUCCUCUCUGCCAUCAUCAGUGAACAGAGAACUGUGUCCAGGCUGCCAGCUCCACCCUCCAGAGACGUCUAUAAACCCAAAUCCAAGCAGCUCGGUGAGGCCGGCCCCGCUCACAGAGCAUCUACCACGGAGCGGCCCACGAGCGCCCCGUUCACAAGCACGGCUCCACCCACCACCACCACCACCAACCACACUCCCGCUCUGCUCAGCGAUCCCAUCAUCCUCCCCUACCCCUCUAAUGACCGUGUCUUUAUCAUCAUGAGCAGCGUCUUCAUCGUGGCGGCUUCACUGGCGUUGGUCACAGCGGGGGCCUGCUGGGUCAGAUUGCAAAAAGGUGUGCGUGUAACUCAGAAGGUGGACUUCCCUCCAUAUAGACUGAUGAGAGCCCAAGCCUUUGACAAUAUGCCUGGGGACAAGAAGCUGGCCCACAGUGCCCAGAUGUACCACUACCAGCACCAGAAGCAGCAGAUGCUCUCUCUGGAGAAACACAGGGAUGAGCCAAAAGUUCCUGACUCAGGAGCAUCGACAGACGAAGAGAACGAGGACGGAGAUUUCACGGUGUACGAGUGUCCUGGAUUGGCACCUACGGGGGAAAUGGAGGUGAAGAACCCGCUGUUUGACGACUCCACCCUUUACCUUCAAAGGUUCCCCAAGUAAACGUGGACGCUGAGAGGCUUCACACUCCAAAUGCAGCAUCUGUGUGUGCAAAUAGUUGAAUUUACACACACUCCACAUCCACUGCUGUGCUCAGUCCGACCCCUUUUAAUGGACAGGAUGGAGAGUGUAAGGUACAUAGAGGAGGAAGAGGAUGAGGAGUGAGGCGUUCAUGGACAUUUAAAGGAUAUCACAGCGCUGGUUUGAAGCAGGACUGUAAUCUGGGACCAAUGCCUCCAAUUCUAUAGCCUCAUUCUCUUCUUUUUCAUGUAAUCACUCUUUUUCCCCAGUGUUGUUCACAAAAUUACUCAAGAACUCAAAAUGACUUUAUGACAGGUAGCAGACGAGCAUAUUGAAUCUAGUAUCAUGUGUUAAUAGAGUCCAGGACAUAGUAGAGUACAGUCUGAGCUACGACCAAGUAUUUCUAUCAGUUCACUGAUUGAUAGAUCUCCAUGAAGAUCCGUGUUUAUUAAUCACUAAAUACUCUUUAAUUCAUUAGAGUUCUCACUGCAGGCUUUUGGUUUUAUGAAAUCAUUUUUUUUUUAAAUGUGAUUUUAAUAUUUCAUGAACACACCGUGAUCUUUAUCAGUAUGUUAUGUAGCCAUUGUGUUCUCAGUCUAGUUCCUCUAUGCAUGAAUUGAUGACGCUGUCUUAUGAAACCUGAGAGUCAAUAUGCAUUUACAGUUUUUACAAGUUUCUUGUGCAAAAUUGCUAAUAUAUAUAUAUAUAUAUAUAUAUAUAUAUAU